CUCUCUUCUAAAAAAUGGCACUUACCAAAGAAAGAAACCCUAAUGAUCACUCUUCACACAUGCCUGGUUUAGUCCAUCAAUCCUACAAAUUUUAUGGAACACCCAACUCCGAAUUCGAGGAGAGCGAAAGUCCAGAAAAGAAAGGGACAUUUGCUGGAAGUUCUUCCAAUUCUUCUUCGCUUUCUAGCCCAGGCAGUGCUACAAAUUCGGGUGGGUUACUUUACCAAACCACUAUUAAUCACUUGCAACAAUUCCAGCAGGAAGAAGGCCAUUCGAUUAUAAGCUUCAAGCCGGGCUACUACGAUCAUAACUUCAUGCAAAGUGGAAGUGGUUCAUGUUUUCUUAACUUUGAAGAGAAUGAUGAACAACCUUAUUCAAGUAAAUUGAGCCCGGAUCAGCUGAUGAAUCUUGGGUCUGGUUCGUUGGAUAGCAUGCGUUUGCUGGAGAAUAUGAGUAACAUUCGGAGUGGUAGUAUCAAAGAAAAUCAUGAUGAGUUAGAAUCAUUUGCAUGGCCAAAUCCUUCAUCUUCUGAUAAUUAUCUUGCAACACAAGAAUCAUCUUUUCAUAAGCGAGCUCAUUCGGGAGAGAGUGAGCAAGCAUUCAAGAAACAAUGUACCACCAACACUUCAACAAAGAAGAAUAAGCAAAAGUCAGCUCAACCCAAAGACCCACAAAGUAUUGCUGCCAAGAAUCGACGAGAACGAAUCAGUGAGCGGCUAAAAGUUCUUCAGGAUCUUGUGCCAAACGGUUCCAAGGUUGAUUUGGUUACCAUGUUAGAGAAAGCAAUUAGUUAUGUAAAGUUCCUACAGCUGCAAGUGAAAGUGUUGGCAACAGAUGAGUUCUGGCCAGUGCAAGGUGGAAAACCACCUGAGCUUUCACAGGUGAAAGAUGCCAUUGAUGCUAUACUUUCAUCUUCCCAGAGAGACAGAAGUUCAAGUUCUAAAUAAUAGAUCUUCCGGAUGCCUAAGGCACCGAAAUCUAAAAAGAUGUCUUAAAAUUAUCAUCUUGUUUGGCUUAGAUCUAACACUACUCUGAGUUCAUUUGAUCAUUCUAUUUGGAAUUAAUAAUUCGAAGUGUUUAUUAAUAUAUUUUCUUUUAAAUUUUGACUUUUUAUUAGUUCUUGUACU